UCUUCCCUGUGAGGAGACGAAAUGGUUUCAUCCCCCGGAAGCGCCGGUGACUACCCGGCGCAGUAGAAGCAGGUGGAGUUGAUUUCAGACGGAGAGAGGAGAAAUUGACUAAAGUACGAGUUGUAACAAUUCUUUUACAAGACCAAAUCCGCAAAACAGAAACGCUGGACAAGCUUAAUAUCUUAGAUCUGAAUGGACAGGGUAGCCAUAAAUACACAGCCCAGCUAGUAAAGCCUGUUAAAGGUUUAGUGAUGCCCGUAAAGAAGAAAAGAAAACUUUCUGGUACAGAUGAUCAUGAGCACAAGUGUAAAAUUACAAGUUUUACUCGACUUCAGAUCCGUGGUGCGAGGCAGAUAAGCGAUGAUAAGGUGUUCUCCACCAAGAAGUGCCUUGCUUGGUUCCAAGAGUAUGCUGGUCUUGACCAGGUGGUUGGUCCAGAGGCUAUGGAGAAGUUCUGUGAAGAUAUUGGUGUUGAACCAGAGAAUAUUAUCAUGUUAGUUUUAGCAUGGCAUCUAGAAGCAGCAAGUAUGGGCUUUUUCACAAAAGAAGAGUGGCUUAGGGGAAUGACGUCACUACAGUGUGACAACACAGAGCGGUUACGGAGUAAAUUGGAUUUCCUACGUAGUGAGCUCAACGAUUCAACAGUCUUCAAAAACGUCUACAGAUAUGCAUUUGACUUCUCCAGGGAUAAGGACCAGAGGAGUUUGGACAUGGACACAGCUAAAUCCAUGUUGGCUCUGUUGCUGGGGAGGACGUGGCAGCUCUUCCCAGUCUUCCACCAGUUCUUAGAGCAAUCAAAGUACAAAGGCAUGAAUAAAGACCAGUGGUACAACGUUCUGGAGUUCAGCAGAACCAUUAACACAGACCUCAGUAACUACGAUGAAGAUGGAGCUUGGCCCGUGCUGCUAGAUGAGUUUGUGGAAUGGCUGAAAACGGCGUCCUAGCAGAGAAUGUCCCAACAUUGAACAGGAAAAGAAGGGAGAGAAAACAAAAAUGAAUACAGAAGGAAUCUGUCAAAGAGAAUGGACAAUAUUGCAAAUACUUACACACAUGCACUACAGCGCCACCUCAUCACAGAACAUACCUGUGCAUCAUCUGCCAAUGGUUUUUAGGAGGCCUUUCUCUCACUGAGUAGACUGUUUUUUAAUUAUUAGUAAUGAUUUGGAGAAAAUAAUUCUUAAGUAAAGAAAGCCACAAAUGACAAAACCAAAAAAAAUAGUAGAGAAAGAAGCUGUGGAAUUUGUCAUCUCAUUACUUUUGUGUCUUGUUUAUAGAUGUUUCAAUAAAACAAUAAAGAAAAA